AACUUUAGGAGAGGGCAAAAGAUCUCCUCCAUCAAGCGACUGUUGGUUCUCGGGCAUAAUGGAGAAGGCUUAUUUCAAGUUGUUCUGCAUUAUGGUUUUAAUUAUUUCACUUUUUGGCGGCGAGAGUAAUAAUAUUGGAGUGGAAGGGAUUAACUUCAGCGUACCUUGCAAAACUGACGCUGAUUGCAAGGCCCCACCGGGAGCAUGUGCUUGCAACGUCGAAAUCGGCCACUGCUUCUGCCCACCACCCAAACAAGAUCCUCAGCCAGAGAAUUCCAAGGGCGUCCAAGAAGGCAAUUAAAUCAUAUGGAAAAAAGAGUUGAGAAUUAUGCAAUAGCAGAUCUCAAAAUAAUUCAUGUGUAAAAUUUCAUUAUCAAGCAAAUAAUAAAUACAACCUUCGGAGUUGUACUUUCCUAUUUACCCAGAUUCAUUCCUCUACUUACAUGCUUCUAUCUCAAUUUUUAUCAUAAAAGUACUGUCUUCGA